AGCCUUCAGCCCGAAUCACCAGAAGAAGGGAGGUCAGAGUUCAUCGCCGCUAGUGUGUGGAUAGCAUUCUGCGCUCGUUCUUUCAAAAUGGCAAAACAUCACCCUGACUUGAUUUUUUGCAGGAAACAGGCUGGAGUUGCUAUUGGAAGACUAUGUGAAAAAUGUGAUGGCAAAUGCGUUAUCUGUGACUCUUAUGUCAGGCCCUGUACACUAGUUCGUAUUUGUGAUGAAUGCAACUAUGGCUCUUACCAAGGGCGCUGUGUUAUUUGUGGAGGUCCUGGAGUAUCUGAUGCAUACUACUGCAAAGAGUGCACCAUCCAGGAGAAAGAUAGGGAUGGCUGCCCCAAGAUCGUGAACCUCGGCAGCUCGAAGACUGACCUUUUCUAUGAAAGAAAGAAAUACGGCUUCAAGAAGAGGUGAAGAAACAGAGGGAUGUUUUUGUCACUAUUUUUUCCAUGCAAGAGUUUUCCAUUUUGUUAAUCAGACUUGUUGUUACAAUAAAUUCUUUUAAUUUUGUGAUGAAUAUUGUUUUUUUGUUUUUAGAUGAUUAGAUGAAUAUUUUGUCUACCAACCUUUGGCCGCAGAAGCUGGACGUAGUAUAGAGAUUUCAAAAUGAGAGACCUGGUGUAUUUUGAGUUUAUGAUAAAAAGUCCAGCAUUUAUGCAUAAAAUCUUCCUUAUUGUUGAUUUUGCUACACAAUAAACUCUCUGGUAUUUAAUUCAUCACAGGAAGAAAGAUACAGAUUUUAGUACAAACCCGAUUCCAGAAAUGUUGGGACACUGUACAAAUUGUGAAUAAAAACAAUGCAAUGA